AUGUUGAGGAUUAUUAUUGUUCCGGCUUUGAUCUGCCUUCUGGUGGUGGUUUCCGAAGGACAAGCACCUGCCACGUCACCAUCAACUACACCCGCCAUAGUGCCGCCACCUUCCACCACCCCACUUCCACCACCAGUCACUCCAGUUUCUAGCCCAUCUAUACCACCACCACAACCACCGUCUCCUCCUCCUCCUGCUCCUCCCGUCUCAGCUCCGUCUACUCCACCACCGCCAUUGCCAGCCUCGACACCACCGCCAUUGCCAGCCCCUACACCACCGCCGGUUGCUUCACCGCCUACUGUUCCUCCACCAGCACCGAUUCCUCCACCACCAGCACCGGCACCGACUCCUCCACCACCACCAACACCGGCACCGACUCCUCCACCACCAGCACCGGCUCCGGCUCCACCACCGCCAACACCAGCACCGGCACCGGUUGCUCUUCCGCCAGCACCAACGCCGGAGAUGAGUCCCUCACCGGCACCCGCUCCUACAAAACACAAGCACAGAAGGCAUAGACACAAGAAACAUCAUGCACCAGCACCAGCACCAGUUGCCAAGAGCCCACCAGCACCGGUAACCACCACAGAUUCUGAUGAUACAGCACCAGCACCAUCACCAACACUCGAUCUGAGCAAUGGAAGAACCCUGUUUCAAAAUGGAGGCGUUGGAUUCAUUAUCGCUGUUCUACUGGUUUUCAUGAGUUAAUUUGAUCGACAUUUUUGAUGUUUCUACCGAUAUUGAUUAUUACCCUACUACUACUAUAUAAAUACAUUUUCCACUUGUAUUUACUAUAAUUCUUUUUAAAUGUACGCAUAAUAUUCAAAUUCAAUCAAGUCAAACUAUCUGGGA